AUGAAGGGACUUUUAGCUGCUCUGGCUUCGGCUGCAUCUGUGAAUCUCUGCAAUGCAGGCGCUGGAAUUGUUAUCCCUCGAGAUGCCUCUCCCGAAGUUUUGGCCGCAGAGGCGCUGGCAGCUCCUAUGAUUUUAGCAGACCGCGCAUUGUCUAAUUCACCUACUGGAGGGUACACACCCGGUGCUGUGGACUGCCCAUCAACAAGACCUACAAUUCGAUUAGCAACGGGUCUUUCCGAGAGCGAGACAUCAUGGCUACAAAAGCGACGGCCAGCGACGGUCCAGCCAAUGAUCUCAUGGCUCUCCCGAAUGAACAUUUCUGGCUUCGAUGCAGCAACAUACAUCAAUAACAAUAUGGCGAAUUUCUCGAAUAUCCCCAAUAUUGGAAUCGCAGCAUCUGGGGGUGGAUACCGGGCCUUGUUGAAUGGAGCCGGAUUUCUUGCUGCCGCAGACAACCGAACCUCCAACUCGACUAAUACCGGACAGAUUGGCGGUCUCCUUCAAGCUACAACAUACCUAGCAGGUCUUAGUGGUGGAGGCUGGCUCGUUACCAGCUUGUACUCAAACAACUUCAGCUCUGUUGAGACUCUCCGCGAUGGAAGCCCAGACUCUUCGGUGUGGAAAUUUGGCAACUCCAUCUUCGAAGGACCGAACUCGGACGGUAUCCAAAUUUUGAGUACCGCAGAUUAUUUCAGAACCAUCUCAGACGAGGUCAGUGGGAAAGCCGAUGCCGGUUUGGGCUUCAACACAUCAAUCACCGAUUACUGGGGACGUGCUCUGUCUUACCAAAUGAUCAACGCGUCCAAUGGCGGACCAGGUUACACCUUCUCGUCUAUUGCUGAAUCCGACGACAUCCAAAAUGGCCAGAUUCCUCUUCCUCUCCUCGUAGCUGAUGAGCGAUCACCGAACACAGCGAUUGUCUCCCUUAACUCAACAGUCUAUGAGUUCAAUCCAUGGGAGAUGGGCUCCUGGGACCCUACAACUUAUGCUUUCGCACCUUUGCAAUAUACUGGAUCUAAUUUUUCUGCUGGAAGUGUCGUUGCCAACCAGCAAUGCGUGCGUGGAUUUGACAAUGUUGGAUUUGUCAUGGGUACAUCCUCUACUCUUUUCAACCAAUUUUUACUCCAAAUCAACAAUAUCACGGCUAUCCCGACAUUUUUGAGAAAUAUUUUUACCAAUCUUCUCGUAGAUAUUGGUGAGGAUAACAAUGAUAUCGCCCAAUGGCAACCGAAUCCUUUCUAUGGAUUUAACAAUCAAACGAACCGAAACGCGCAAGAGGCUGAGCUUACCCUCGUGGAUGGGGGUGAAGAUCUUCAGAACAUUCCUCUUUAUCCCCUGAUUCAACCACAGCGUGAGGUCGAUGUGAUUUUCGCUAUUGAUUCAUCGGCCGAUAACCAGGAUGUCGAUACCCACACCUGGCCUAACGGUGCUUCACUUGUAGCGACGUACGAACGUUCCACGAACGCGACAAUCGAGAAUGGAACCGCCUUUCCUUCCAUUCCAGGUAUCAAGACUUUUGUCAACCUCGGACUGAACAAUCGCCCAACGUUUUUCGGCUGUAACGCAUCCAACACAACUACUGGACAAAGUGGCAUCGCUCCACUCAUAGUGUAUAUGCCUAACUCGCCAUACAGCUAUAAUUCCAACAUUACGACUUUCACCCCAUCUUAUAACAAUUCUGAACGAAAUGCCAUCAUCCAGAACGGUUAUGAUGUCGCAACUAUGGGCAAUGGUACUUUGGACGCGGAGUGGCCUACUUGUAUGGCCUGUGCUGUUCUUAGCAGAUCAUUCUUCAAGACCGGUACAGCUGUUCCAGCUGCAUGCCAAACUUGUUUUGAUAGGUAUUGCUGGAAUGGAACUCUCGAUACCGCGACCCCAGCGGAUUACUACCCAACUUUCAAGGUCGCUGAGGUCAACAUCUCUAGCGGUGCAAGCCCAGCGCUUGUCGUGACAAUGGGAGCUUAUUCGUCUGCAUUAUUGGUGGCGGUUGCUUUAAUGAUGAUUUAA